GCAGAAGUGCAGUAUCCUCCUCAGUGAGUCCCUCCUCGCUCCGGCACUGCUGUACGUGCAUGGCUGCUACUCAGUAACACAGCACCCUGCAAGCCGCUUCUAGCCUGUUUCUUAUAAGUUCCAAUACUCGUCUCCCUUCAUGCUGAGAUCUCCCCCUACUUCUCAGCGGGUCUUCAUCGGAGGAUGCUGGGGAGGGAGGUGAGGCUGCGCUGGAGAGCUUGUUCCCUGCGCCUCCUCGCCCUGUGCCUGGCCGUCUUCCUCUGCACCCACUUCUCCGCUGAGCUGAAGCGCAAGCAGCUAUCCCCAGUUAGGCUGAUCGGAAAGGGGCAGACUAGGAAGCCUGAGGGGCACAAUAGGAGGAUGGAGGAGUUGCCCAGCAAGAGGCAGGUCAUCUAUGUAAGAAGGAGCAGCAGAACUUACGGAAGGCAGGGGGGCAUCCCUAGGAGAGACAUUCUAAAGCCUGUACGUUGGCAUAUUGAUCUGCAGCCCUGGGCUAGUUCCCUACAUUCUCUUAAUGAAGAAGCCACACGAUUCCUUCAGUACAUCACAAAAUCUCAGAUUGUGUGCUCUCGGUUGGUAACAAACGGACUGACAGACCAGUCUGAGAACACUGGAAAACCCUGGACAGUCUGCUUGGAUGACAAGUUCAGUUUAACACAUCAGAUUAGAAAUAAGCAGUGUCGUGUCUAUUCCUUGGGAUUAGGUGAAGAUGACAACAUAUUUGAUUUUAACAUGGCCUCCAGAGGGUGUGAAGUGCAUCGGUUUGAUCCAAGCAUACGAUCUGCUCAUGUGCACGAAGGAGAGCGACUUUGGUAUCAUCGUCUGUCCGUUGAUUGGAGAGAUCCCAACCCAGCCAUAGCUACACACCAAUUACAUACCAAUACUAAGAAACUGGGGACCAUUCUGAAUGAGUUUGGACAUUGGAAGAUUGAUGUCCUUAAAGCAGACAUGGAAAGUGCAGAAUGGAAGAUCUUGGAAAACCUCAUUCUAGAGGGCACUGUCGAGCAGGUUGGACAGCUUAUUAUGGAGAUCCACCUCCACUGGCCCGGCUUUGAAGUCAGCGGAAAUGACAGCAGCGUUGUUAGAUACUGGUACAGUUUGUUCAAAGAACUUGAACAUAAGGACUUUAAACUUUUCUACACAUACAAGGAUUUAUCUAAGCCACAAAUGUUCCUUAAAAAGGAGGUCUUUAAUGCAAGCAGCUGCUAUAUACUUAGCUGGGUAAAUACCAGGUGGAUGUGACACAAAGAUGUCUAUGGAAUUGGACCAAAAAAGACCAUAAUUUCUCAAGAAAAAGUCUACAAUACUGUGCUUGAUGAAUGAGAAAACCAUUGAAUAUUUAAAUGAUGUAAAAUUAGAACAUUUCAUAGUAUACACAUUUGGGGGAUAGUUUUUAUGAAUAAUGAUCAUCAGUUUAUUUUUCAGGGUAGUUUUACUUUGGUAUGUCUUUAUAAAAUAAUGUUUUCUGCAUCUCUGUAGUAAAAUACGAUACUUUUAAAUAUUGCCAGAUGCAUCACUUAAACCAGAGGUUCCCAAACUGUGUGCCGUGGCUCCCUGGGGUGCCUCGGGACACUUGCAGGGGUGCCCUGGGUUGGUGUUCCAGGACCAAUUCUUCAUGGUCAACAUAUUCAUGGUCAAUAUAAUAGGCAAAACCAGUGCUGGUGGCUGCCAGUCAUAAAAUAUGUGGCCAAACAGAAGCAAAUCUUGUCCCUCACCACACAACUGACCCUAAAGAUGACAUAUAAACGCAACCUACUUUCGAAAUUUCUCAAUAAGAAUUUUUUUGCCUAGGGGUGCCGUGAAAAAAAUUCUGAUAUUCUAGGGCGCCGUGAUUCAAAAAAGUUUGGAAAUCACUGACUUAAACUAUUUGGAAAGGUUAUUGUUAAAGGGUGAUGCAUUCAGGUUCACAUGCAGAGGCCACUUAUCGGCUUCUAAAUUUGAAGCUAUCACCUACAUACAGUAGAGGCAGCUAUAUAGCCAGUUUUGAUGUAGCAAAUUAAUAGAUUACAUUCUCUUGAAUUUUGAUUAAUUUCACAGAAUAGCAGAUUACAGAGUAUAUAUAAAAUGCGUGAAUUUAAGAGCUUCUACUGAGCAACUAUCACUUCAUACACACUCGUGCUGGCUAUAAUAAAGCAGUAUUCAAUAUACUAAUGAGGUGGGGAGGAGUCAAUACAAUGUACUUUUUGCAUUGAAAUGAACAGCAGAAUUUAAUAUUAAUAAUUCUGUGCAAUUUACUACAAUACAGUUAUUGCUUUUGUUAAUGAUCAAUAGGACAUAUUAUCAAUAUUCUUUAUAUAGCACCAAUAAAUUAUGCAGCACUUUAAUGAGAAUGUUUAAGCUUUCACUUCAAUCCUUGCCCCAGGAGCAUAAAGUCUAAAUCUUCUAAUGCACAGACAUCAGUUUCAUCAGAAACUAAACAUACAAACUCAACACAGAUGGUAUUCAGUUUACAGUAGAUCCAAACACAUAGGGGUAGAUUUGCUAAGGCAUUUAAAAAUUGGUGGUGUUGCCCAGAGAAACUAAUCAGAUUCUGUCUAUAAUUUUCUAGAAUGUAAUAGAGAAAUGAUAGCUGGAACCUGAUUGGUUGCUACAGGCAACAUCACUUUUUUUUUUUUAGAAGCUAUAGCACAGUAAAUAUACCUCAGUCUCAACGCUGCAAAAUGGUCAUAAUGUAGUACUCAAACACCCCGGACAAAAUAAUAUGGAAUGCUCACAUUAGACAUUAAUAUGGAGUAACAUCACCACCUGCUUUACUGACAGCUCAGAUUUUCUGAGGCAUGCUAUCAAUAUAACUCUGGAUCACAUUCAUAUCGCUUUGCGCCCAUUCCAUGACCAAGCAGUGUUUCAAUGCAACCACAUUUGGAGGGUGUUUGUGUUUCUUCUUCACAGCCCAUUCUGACAUGUCCCAAAUUUCUCAAUGACAUUGAGAUCUGGCAAAUUGGAGGGUCACUGGAGAUGUGGCACAUGAGUUUGGUGCUCUGCAAACCAAUACUGCACAAUCCUAGUGCGAUGGACAGUACAGUUAUUCUGAAACAGUGUAUCCACGAGAUGGUCUUAGUCCAGUGAUGGGGAACCUUUGGCACUCCAGCUGUUGUUCAACUACACAUCUCAGCUUGCCCUGCUAGUUUUGCUAUUUGGCCAUGCUAAAACUGUAGCAGGGCAUGCUGGGAUGUGUAGUUCAACAACAUCUGGAGUGCUAAAGGUUCCCCAUCACUGUCUUAGUCCUUCAGAAACUGGACAAAUGGCAAAACCGUAUGAUCCGACAAUGUCACAUAGUCACCACUUUCAUGCGAUUGGACACCUCGACCAAGGGUUCAGCUCCAGCACUCGAAAUACACCCCCAAAGCAUAUGACACUUCCCCCUCUUUUCUGCACAGCUCGUUGGACACAGUCUGGUUGGAAUGCUUCCCCAGCCCUUCUCAGGACCGGCCGUCAUUAGAAUAUAAGCAAAAUCUGGAUUCAUCAGACAAUAUGAUGUGUAUCCACUAUUCAAUGGUCAAGUAACAAUGCUGUUUCUUUUCGAUGGUUGUUAACCUAGGAAGCACCCGGUCUAUACGACUAAAAACUCAACCCAUGCAAUUCACGCCGAAGUGUUCGUUCUGACACUGGUUGGCUGGGUUCGGCGUUGUACUGUUAGAGCAGUUCCUUACGCAUUUGGAAUCGAUUGGUGGGAUCUUGGCGCCCUAAAUGCCUGCGGUUCUGAUUUGUCAUGAUCGACUUUUGGACACUGUUCCGCCGCUGAGAUUCUUGGUGUCCAUGCUUCUUCUACUGUAGAUGGAUACUGCUCACUGUCUUAGAGGGCACACCAACAAACACUGCCACCUACAGGCUAUGGCCAUGCUCUCUGCCAAAAACAAUGGCUCCCUUUGGCCACUCAGUCAUGUCACAUGUAUGACCCAUAGUGCCACCUGAAAAAGAAACAUCUCAACAAAUUUGCAUUGCAUCAUUACCUCAGACAUUCACAAUGAUCUUCCAAUAGUUUUAGUACCACCAUCUACACGCAAGUUCACGUCCCACGUUGUUGAACUUAUACCCCAUUGUCUUUCCGCAUUCCAUAUUAUUUUUCCCGGAGUGUAUAUUCUAAUAUUUAAAGAGGGUAUAGGUGACAUCUGUUGUCUACAGAUAACAAUGCGAGCAAAAGCGGUACUUUUACUCUUGGGCCUAUUUCUUAAAAAACUGGCAAUAGAGAUUGUUUUCAUUUGUCACUUAUUGCAGUGGCAGAAAAUAUCCUAUAACUAAAAAAAAAUAGCUGGGGCAAAUGAGUGAUGCUCAUAGCUGCUUAGUGAUAGUGACUGGGAGCGAUUAGCAAAGAGAUUGCCUAAAGAAUCUCUAGAAAUAUGCACUUCAUUUAAAUAACGCAUUUGGUCAUUGAAUAUGUACAUGUACUGCAGUGACGUGCGGUGGGGUGAGGCAGGUGAGGCAGAGCCUUUCCUGUCAUACUAACGUUUGUACUGCUAGGAUCCUUAUGAAAUAGGCUUCACCAUUCUUUGCAAGGGAAGCUAUAAAAAGCUGAAAACAAUGCUAUCUCUGGUGUUAAACUCUAAUAGAUAGGUAGAAGCCCCAUCUCUGGCUGAAAGCCAGUACUCACGGCCCGAUGCGGGAGAGAUGUGUGCUGAGCAAACCGCUCAGCACACAUUUCUCCCGGCGCUCAGCACAGCGCGAUGUGUGCUGAGCGUGCGGGGGGAGACGGCGCUCAUUUCACCAAGCGGGUGAAGUGAGCGACCUGCUAGAUUGGCCAAUCUAGCACCAGCGAUAGCGAUGCGCACGGCUGCGCAUCGCUAUCACUGUUAGGGCUACACACGGAGCGAUCUUGCUGAAAAUCUAAGCAAUCUAGUCAGAUUGCUUAGAUUAUCGCUCUGUGUAUACCCCCCUUUUCUAUUACGUCCUAGAGGAUGCUGGGGACUCCGUAAGGACCAUGGUGAAUAGAUGGGCUCCGCAGGAGACAUGGGCACUAAAAAGAACUUUAGGUAUGGGUGUGCACUGGCUCCUCCCUCUAUGCCCCUCCUCCAGACCUCAGUUUAAUACUGUGCCCAGAGGAGACUGGGUGCACUACAGGGAGUUCUCCUGAGCUUCCUGGAAUAAAAGUAUUUUGUUAGGUUUUUUAUGUUCAGGGAGACCUGCUGGCAACAGGCUCCCUGCAUCGUGGGACUGAGGAGAGAGAAGCAGAUCUACUUAAAUGUUAGGCAACUGCUUCUUAGGCUACUGGACACCAUUAGCUCCAGAGGGAGUCAGAACGCAGGUCUCCCCUCGCGGUUCGUCCCGGAGCCGCACCGCCGUCCUCCUCGCAGAGCCGGAAGAUAGAAACUGGGUGAGUAUGAGAAGAUAGAAAACUUCAGAGGCGGCAGAAGACUUCAGAGCUUCACUGAGGUAACGCUGCGCGCCAUUGCUCCCACACAGAACACACACAGCGCACACUGUUGGGUGCAGGGCGCAGGGGGGGCGCCCUGGGCAGCAAUGUUAAAACCUCUAGGUCUGGCUAAAUACUGUAAAUACACUUGGUUGUGGUAUAUUUAAGAGAUCCCUGCCAGUUUGUUUAAAAUAGAGCGGGACCGAAGCCCGCCGUUGAGGGGGCGGAGCUUGUCCCUCAGCACUCACCAGCGCCAUUUUCCUCCAGAGCACACGCUGAGAAGCUGGCUCCCCGGACUCUCCCCUGCUGAUCACCGGUGACAGAGGGUUUUAAAGAAGGGGGGGGGGGGGGGACUUAUUUGGCGCAGUAUAUAUAUAAUAAAAAGCGCUUUAUCUGGGUAUUUUUUACCAGGGUUAUUGGCGCUGGGUGUGUGCUGGCAGACUCUCUCUGUCUCUACAAAGGGCCUUGUUGGGGAACUGUCUCCAGAUUAAAGAUUUCCCUGAGUGUGUGGGGUGUCGGUACGUACGUGUCGGCAUGUCUGAAGCAGAAGGCUCUUCGGGAUGAGGUGGAGCGCAUGAGUGUGGUGUCCCCGUCGGCAACGCCGACACCUGACUGGUUGGAUAUGUGGAAUGUUUUAAAUGCAAAUGUGAAUUUAUUGCACAAACGGUUGGACAAAGCAGAGUCCAGGGAAUGUACAGGGGGUCAUACCCUGCCUUUCCCUAUGUCACAGGGGCCGCCUGGGUCUCAAAAACGUCCACUUUCUCCAGUAGUAGACACGGAUACCGACACGGAUUCUGACUCCAGUGUCGACUAUGAUGAUGCGAGGUUGCAGCCAAAAUUGGCUAAAAGUAUUCAUUAUAUGAUUAUGGCUAUAAGGGAUGUGCUACAUAUCACAGAUGACCCCUCUGUACCUAACACGAGGGUCCACAUGUUUAAAGAAAAGAAGACUGAGGUUACUUUUCCACCUUCAUAUGAACUAAAUGAGUUAUUUGAGAGUGCUUGGGAAACUCCAGACAAGAAACUGCAGAUUCCCAAAAUGAUUAUUAUGGCGUAUCCUUUCCCGAUUAAGGACAGGAUACGGUGGGAAUCCUCCCCAAGGGUGGACAAAGCGUUAACACGCCUUUCCAAAAAGGUGGCGCUGCCGUCUCAGGAUACCGCAACCCUCAGGGAUCCUGCUGAUUGCAAGCAGGAGACUACCUUGAAGUCAAUUUACACACAUACUGGUACAUUACUCAGACCGGCAAUAGCGUCGGCUUGGGUUUGUAGUGCUGUAAUAGCGUGGACUGAUACCUUUAUCUGCUGAUAUGGAUACGAUGGAUAAGGAAACUAUUUUAUUGACCCUGGGUCAUAUUAAGGAUGCGGUCCUUUAUAUGAGAGAUGCUCAGAGGGAUGUGGGCAGACUGGGUUCCAGAGCGAACGCUAUGGCGAUUUCUGCCAGGCGAGCCCUGUGGACCCGACAGUAGACGGGUGAUGCCGACUCGAAACGGCAUAUGGAGGUUUUGACUUACAAAGGUGAGGAAUUGUUUGGGGAAGGUCUCACGGACCUAGUUUCCACGGCUACUGCAGGUAAAUCAAAUUUUUUUGCCUUAUGUUUCCUCACAGCCGAAGAAAGCGCUACAUUAUCAGAUGCAGUCCUUUCGGUCGCAUAAAUCCAAGAGAGCUCGGGGAUCUUCCUUUCUUGCCAGAGGUAAGGGCAAGGGGAAAAAGCUGCCAGCUACAGCCAGUUCCCAGGAACAGAAGUCCUCCCCGGCUUCUACUAAAUCCACCGCAUGACGCUGGAGCUCCGUUGAGGGAACCCGCCCCAGUGGGGGCACGUCUUCGACUUUUCAGCCAUGUCUGGGUUCACUCUCAGGUGGAUCCCUGGGCAACAGACAUUGUAUCUCAGGGGUACAGGCUGGAAUUCGAAGAGGUGCCUCCUCGCCGGUUUUUCAAAUCGGCACUGCCGGAUUCUUCCCCGGAGAGGGAGGUAGUUUUGGCAGCAAUUUAAAAAUUGUGCCUUCAACAAGUGGUGGUCAAAGUUCCCCUGCUUCAGCAAGGGAUGGGCUAUUAUUCAACCCUGUUUGUGGUCCCGAAGCCGGACGGUUCGGUCAGACCCAUUCUGAAUUUAAAAUCCUUAAACCUAUACUUAGAGGUUCAAGUUCAAGAUGGAAUCGCUCAGAGAGGUCAUCGCCAGCCUGGAAGGGGGGGAUUAUAUGGUGUCCCUAGACAUAAAGGAUGCAUACCUUCAUGUCCCCAUAUAUCCACCUCAUCAGGCGUUCCUGAGGUUUGUGGUGCAGGAUUGUCAUUACCAAUUUCAGACAUUGCCGUUUGGGCUUUCCACGGCCCCGAGGAUUUUUACCAAAUGAAUGGCAGAAAUGAUGGUGCUCCUGCGCAAGCAGGGUGUCACAAUUAUCCCAUACUUGGACGAUCUCCUGAUAAAAGCGAGAUCGAGAGAGCAGUUGCUGGACAGUGUAUCACUCACCCUGAGGGUGUUGCAACAGCACGGCUGGAUUCUCAAUAUCCCGAAGUCACAGUUAGUCCCAACGACCCGAUUGCCUUUCUUAGGCAUGAUUCUGGACAAGGAACAAAAGAGGGUCUUUCUCCCGAUGGAAAAGGCCCAGGAACUUCAGGGCUUGGUCAGGGACCUGUUGAAGCCAGAAAGGGUGUCAGUGCAUCACUGCACUCGAGUUCUGGGAAAAAUGGUGGCGUCUUACGAGGCCAUUCCUUUCGGCAGGUUCCAUGCGAGGGCUUUUCAAUGGGACCUUCUGGACAAGUGGUCCGGAUCACAUCUACAGAUUCAUCAAAUGAUCAGCCUGUCCCCCAGGGCCAGGGUAUCUCUCCUGUGGUGGCUGCAGAGUACUCACCUUCUAGAGGGUCGCAGGUUCGGCAUUCAGGACUGGGUUCUGGUAACCAUGGACGCGAGCCUCCGAGGCUGGUGAGCAGUCACGCAGGGAAGAAACUUCCAGGGUCUGUGGUCAAGCCAGGAAGCUUGUCUGCACAUAAAUGUGCUGGAAUUAAGGGCCAUAUACAACGGCCUUCGGCAAGCAGAGACCUUACUUCGAGGUCUACCGGUUCUGAUUCAGUCAGACAACAUCAGAGCAGUGGCUCAUGUAAACCGCCAAGGCAGCACAAGGAGCAGAGUCGCAAUGGCAGAAGCCUCAAAGAUUCUUCGAUGGGCGGAGAGCCAUGUCAGCGCUCUGACAGCAGUCUUCAUUCCGCGAGUGGACAACUGGGAAGCAGACUUCCUAAGCAGACACGAUCUGCAUCCCGGAGAGUGGGGACUUCAUCAGGAAGUCUUCGCAGAAAUUGUAAGUCAGUGGGGUCUGCCUCAAAUAGACAUGAUGGCAUCACGCCUCAACAGGAAACCUCUGAGAUAUUGCGCCAGGUCAAGGGACCCUCAGGCGGUUGCAGUGGACGCACUAGUGACACCGUGGGUGUUUCAGUCGGUCUAUGUGUUCCCUCCUCUUCCUCUCAUGUCAAAAAUACUGAGAGUCAUAAGGCGAAGAGGUGUACAAACAAUUGUCAUUGCUCCAGAUUAGCCUCGAAGGGCCCGGUAUCCGGAUCUGCAGGAAAUGCUCACAGAGGAUCCGUGGCCUCUUCCUCUCAGGGAAGACCUGUUACAACAAGGGCCUUGUCUGUUCCAGGACUUACCGCGUCUGCGUUUGACGGCAUGGCGGUUGAACGCAGGAUCCUAGCGGAGAAGGGCAUUCCAGAUGAGGUCAUUCCUACUCUGAUAAAGGCUAGGAAGGAGGUGACAGCGAAACAUUAUCACCGUAUAUGGAGGAAGUAUGUGUCUUGGUGCGAAGCCAGGACUGCUCCUCCGGAAGAAUUCCAUCUGGGCCGUUUUCUUCACUUUCUGCAAACUGGAGUGAAUUUGGGCCUAAAAUUAGGCUCCAUUAAGGUUCAGAUUUCGGCCCUAUCCAUUUUCUUUCAAAAGGAAUUGGCUUCUCUUCCGGAAGUCCAGACUUUUGUGAAAGGGGUGCUGCAUAUCCAGCCUCCUUUUGCGCCUCCGGUGGCACCAUGGGACCUUAACGUGGUGUUACGUUUUCUUAAGUCUCACUGGUUUGAACCUCUUCAAACAGUUGAAUUGAUGUAUCUCACUUGGAAAGUGGUCAUGUUGUUGGCCUUGGCUUCGGCACGGCGAGUGUCUGAGUUGGCGGCUUUGUCUCACAAAAGCCCUUAUCUGAUUUUCCAUGUGGAUAGAGCUGAGUUGCGGACUCGUCCUCAAUUUUUGCCUAAGGUGGUUUCUUCCUUUAAUAUGAACCAACCUAUUGUGGUGCCUGUGGCUACAAGGGACGUGGAGGAUUCAGCGUCCCUGGAUGUGGUCAGGGCAUUGAAAAUUUAUGUGGCCAGAACGGCUCGGGUUAGGAAAACAGAGGCCCUGUUUGUCCUAUAUGCAGCCUGCUUCUAAGCAGACUAUUGCUCAUUGGAUCUGUAACACGAUUCAGCAGGCUCAUGCUACGGCUGGAUUGCCGUUACCAAAUUCGGUAAAGGCCCAUUCCACUAGGAAGGUGGGCUCUUCUUGGGCGGCUGCCCGAGGUGUCUUAGCAUUACAGCUUUGCCGAGCAGCUACUUGGUCGGGUUCAAACACCUUUGCUAAGUUCUACAAGUUUGAUACCCUGGCUGAUGAGGACCUCAUGUUUGCUCAAUCAUUGCUGCAGAGUCAUCCGCACUCUCCCGCCCAGUCUGGAGCUUUGGUAUAAUCCCCAUGGUCCUUACGGAGUCCCCAGCAUCCUCUAGGACGUAAGAGAAAAUAAGAUUUUAAACCUACUGGUAAAUCUUUUUCUCCUAGUCCGUAGAGGAUGCUGGGCACCCGUCCCAGUGCGGACUUCAUUCUGCAAGACUUGUAUACAGUUAUUACUUGCACAAGGGUUUUUUGUUGCAGUUCUGAUCGGUCUUUGAUGAUGUUUUGUUUCAUACUGUUGACUGGUUCGUAUAAUCCAAGUUAUACUGUGUGGAUGGUGUGGGCUGGUAUGAAUCUUGCCCUUGGAUUUCCAAAAUCCUUUACUCGUACUGUCCGUCUCCUCUGGGCACAGUUUCUCUAACUGAGGUCUGGAGGAGGGGCAUAGAGGGAGGAGCCAGUGCAGACCCAUUCCUAAAGUUAUUUUUAGUGCCCAUGUCUCCUGCGGAGCCCGUCUAUUCCCCAUGGUCCUUACGGAGUCCCCAGUAUCCUCUACGGACUAGGAGAAAAAGAUUUACCGGUAGGUUCACUGGAGGUAGGGCCACUGUGAUAAAUAGAUGUCUCAGUGACCUCAGGAGCUGCUGCAAUUGACGGGUGUUUUCAGGGGAUUUGAGGAUUAUGGGUGACCAUGUCCAUAUUCCAAUGAUAGGGAUUCCAAACUCUGAUUCUUUAAGGAUAACGCAAGUAGAGCAUGUAAGCACACUUAAUUUAAACCCUGCAACAUGAGGCGGUGUAGUGUGCAGUCUUCAAACAUUGAGAAUAGCACAACCACGUAUAUUAAGAAAGACUUGACAUGAAACACAACUCUACAUGACACUGCAUCAUGGGCAGGAAUUUUGGCUAUGUCACUUGAAACCAAACAUUUCAUUUAUAUCUACCUACGACAACUUGCAAUUCUCGUGUUUAAAUCUGGCUAGAUUAAUUUAAAACCCCCCCCCCAAAAAAAAAAAAAACAGAACACCUACUGUAACUUGGACUAUUCCCCUCUUCAGCCGCCUGUAAUUUUGUGUUAUAAGAUAUACGGUUUUAUAAGAUUACAUGAUUGCUUAAAUAUGUGAAAUCUAAAAUAUGUAUGGUCAAUUCCUAUACACGUUUGGAAAGGAUAGCUUAUCUUUGUAAUGCAUUAAACACAGCUGGAUUGUGUUGUCA